AUGCAGCGGACCUUCCAGAGCAACAUGCGUUUUGAGGGCAUGGCCGGUGCCCCCAGGAGGACUGUGCCUCCUCCGAAUCUCCCCGAAGGACCAUCGCACAAGUUGGCAACCAACUAUUACUACUCUCGCGAUGGACGACGGGAAUCCUCUCCUCCCGUUCUUCUCGGAGGAAGCAUCGUGAAGAGGAUAGAGGCUGGAAAGUCAGCAGAGAAGAAAGAUAAGGCUCUGAUGAAGAAAGGGAAGAAGGUCCCAACACCCAGAUCCCUCUACCAUCCGUAGAUGCAGUUCAUCUAGUGUGAUAUUUAAAUGUAGGUGUGAAUACUUUCUCUGAUGUAGGAGACGUGAAUAUAUUGUGCUUGUUCUGUGAUA